UCCAGCACCGAGGCGGGAGGCAGGGAGCAGCAGCAGAAGCAGGAGGACGAGGAGGAGGAGAAGCAGCCGUCGCAGGAUGAAGGAUCGGACUCAGGAGCUGCGGAGUGCGAAAGACAGUGAUGAUGAGGAGGAGGUGGUCCACGUGGAUCGGGACCACUUCAUGGAUGAGUUUUUUGAACAGGUAGAAGAAAUCCGGGGCUGCAUUGAGAAGCUGUCGGAGGACGUGGAACAGGUGAAAAAACAGCAUAGUGCCAUCCUGGCCGCCCCCAACCCAGAUGAGAAGACCAAACAGGAGCUGGAGGACCUCACUGCAGACAUCAAGAAGACGGCUAACAAGGUUCGGUCUAAGUUGAAAGCGAUCGAGCAAAGCAUUGAACAGGAGGAAGGGCUGAACCGUUCCUCCGCGGACCUGCGCAUCCGCAAGACUCAGCACUCCACACUCUCCCGGAAGUUCGUGGAGGUAAUGACCGAGUAUAACGCGACCCAGUCCAAGUACCGGGACCGCUGCAAGGACCGGAUCCAGCGGCAGCUGGAGAUCACGGGGAGGACCACGACCAAUGAAGAACUGGAGGACAUGCUGGAGAGCGGGAAGCUGGCCAUCUUCACGGACGACAUCAAAAUGGACUCGCAGAUGACGAAGCAGGCGCUGAAUGAGAUUGAGACAAGGCACAACGAGAUCAUCAAACUGGAAACCAGCAUCCGCGAGCUGCACGACAUGUUUGUGGACAUGGCCAUGCUUGUGGAAAGCCAGGGCGAGAUGAUCGACCGCAUUGAGUACAACGUGGAACAUUCCGUGGACUAUGUGGAGCGAGCUGUGUCGGACACCAAGAAAGCUGUGAAAUAUCAGAGCAAGGCCCGGAGGAAGAAAAUCAUGAUCAUCAUUUGCUGUGUGGUGCUGGGGGUGGUCUUAGCGUCAUCCAUUGGGGGGACGCUGGGCUUGUAGGCCCCCCACCCUUCUCUCUCCCAGACCCCUCCCCACCACAUUGGGAGCAAUACCCCCACCACCCCUUUCACUCUAUCCUCUGCUCCAGGCUCACCCCCAAAACAGACCCAGGCAGCCCCCUCCUUGACCCCCACAGCAGACCCUGGAGUCCCUGGACCUCCCCCUGCCAUGGACCACCCCUGCCCCGCACGUAGAUAGCAGCAGGCGUGAUUACACAUGCACACCAACAUGCAUGCCGCCGGCACAUGCUCGAGACGUGUGGACAUCCCAGUGUGUGUGUACAUGUGUAGAUGUGUGUAGAUGCUCCACCCCUUUCUUGCUCCCCACCUCAAGUCUGGAUGUGGUCUGAGCUCCCGGCUUCACUUGGGUUGUUGUGUAGACUGUGGCCGAGUAUAACACAGCAGCCCAUCAGGGCCCCCUCUGUCUUCUGUGAAUAGGUGUGUGUGUGAGUGUGGGCGUGUGCACGCAUGUGUCUCCAGGAUGUGCCCGAAGUGUUGACAGGUCUUCUCAGGUGGAACCCUCUACACUGUGGACUGGACACCUGUUUGGGCUGGGCACAGAAAUCUUUGUUACUAUGCUACCUGUAAUGAGGUCGUGGGAGUGUGUGAGUGUGUGUGGAGGGGCUAUCUACACAGUGUGUUUCUGCCCCUUUGUAUUCCACAUACACACACGUGUUUAUCUUUAGAGACGUGUGCCCCAUCCAAAUUGUUUCUCCAGAUUUAUUUGCCCCUCUCUCUCUCCCAGAGCUGCUGUCCCCCUGGUAUGACCGCACACGGUGCAACAUCAAUCUUGUGCACCUGGAGCGCCCUGCCUGGCCAGGCCUCGGGGUCCCUGUGCACACAUGCCCAGAUCCUUAUCUCUCUGUGUCCAUGCCCGAGGAUCAGCCCAAGUCCACAAAAGCUGGUGCACCACAGUGUGCACGCACGCCAAGGCUGGGGAGGGCCCGUGGCGGUGGCCACGCCCAGGGCGCACACACACACUGGAGCACAUGAAUGCCUCCUGGAGGGCUGCUGGUAGGUCUGUUAUUGACAAGGCAAGAUGUCCAGAGUGCCCCUCCUGCCACCCACACACUCACCUCAGACCUGGGAGAGGCCAGUGUCUGUCCCUACUGCCCCAUCCAAUGCUCUGGGCUCUGACGGCCUCAGGGAACUUGAGUUUGGGAACUGUUUAUUUCAGACAUACUGGAGUGGCCAGUGUGGCAACAAUCACUCAGGGGGCCAGGUCCUGGGACCUAUCCCCUGAACACCUGUCCUGCUGAAAGGUCAGCAGUGGCUGCCUACGGCACCAGGGUGAGAUGGGGCAGGGCACAGGACAGGGCUCUGGCAGUGGGGAAAGGGUAGCUUCUCUCUGGUUGUGUUUGGUGGCAGGUGGGAGGUGCAUGGGCAAAAAGACAGUGUUAGAAGUCCCCCCUCCAUGGUCGAGGGACAUGUGGGUGAACACACAGGAACAUGAAUGUGCCCCACCCAGGGUUGGGGCCCAUGUGCACAGGUGGAGGGCUCAGGCAUGUGUGUGCACGGUCCCAGGUCAUGUGAAGUGUGUGUGUGUGUGUGUGUGUGUGUGUGUGUGCGCGCGCGCGCGCGCGCGCACCGGCCACACAGGUAUGAACUCCUGGCACACCCCAGCCCAGCUCAGACAGUCACCCUCCUCCGCACGUGGCUGUUUGGGCCCUGUCUGCCCUGGCCUGUGUGCAUGUCAGUGUGGCCAUACGUGUGUCACCCCCAGGUCAGCUGUCCUGAGCAGGGGAUCUUGCCUGCCUGUUCCCAGAAUGCCCUUCCACAGGACAGGAAGUCUGCCCGGGGUCUGGCCACAGCCUUCCUGCUCCUCCUCAGGCUUUGGUGACAUCAGAGCAGGCCCCAAUAUCCAGCCCAUUCUCCCUUCCUGCUGCACAGCCAGGACCCCCUUUGAACCUAGGUGUUUCUGGAAGUCCCACAGCCUUGGGGCCAGAAGGAGAAGGGUGGAGCUGCGGCUGGGUGGCACUAGGCCCACCACUGCCCAUCUCUGGGCCUCAGGUGGACCAGGGGAUCCCCAAGGGGCUGCUGUGCCCCAACUUUCUAUGAGUCCCACACAUUGCGUGAUGUGUUUGCGUGUUGGCUGUCAUUGUCUGUGUGUCCCAGAAUGUCAUCUGGGGUCUGGUGUCUUUUGCAUGUUCUUGGACAAGUGUGUGCUGCCCGCCCUCCACGCACUUCCAGCCGGCAAACCCACGUGUGCCCUGCGGGUGGUCCCGGGCCUGGCCAGGGCUCAGUGCUUCCCCACCCCGUCCCCCACCCUGUCCCCCACCCCUGCCUCUCAUAAAGCACACUGCGUGUCCAUCCCAUGUGCCUGUGGGGCGGUGUGCGCUCUCGCCAUGCCUCGAGCUGUGCACAUGACGUGUUCUAUGCAUUCACCCUGCCCCCUGCCUGCCCCGCACAGGACCAGAUGGGUGGCCCCCGGCUCCUCCUCCUCCCCACCCCUGCCCGCUGUGCAGCCGUGUGCGUUGGCGUGUGUUUCUGUGUUGCUGGCGUGUCACGUGACGUAGCCGUGUUUGCUGACAUGAGCCCCUGCCCCGUCUGUUUCUCUGUUGGUUUCUAGAGCUCUCUCCCUCCCUUCUCCAGAGGGGACAGGACUCCUGGGGCCUGGCUGGGGGCCCAGAGCCAGGUCGCCCUCUCCUGUCAGCCCUCAGAGCCCCAUUUCUAUUGGUGAUCAAGUUGCAAAUGGAUAAAACACAGGAAAAUUCUGCCCCUCCCAGCCCUGCAUGUCCUGUCCCCAGAACCCCCCACCCCCACCCCGGGCCGGUGGGCCCCGUGGGACGGGAGAAAUAGCAACCAAUCCAACAGCGGG